GUCUGUAUAGUCUCGAGGUCUUUUUAAUUUUAGUUAGUAGGAGAGUUGGUGUAAAGAUAAAAAAGAUAAAAACACCGGCCUACUGGGACGCGGACGGAGACACGACAGCAGGACCCCCAGGAAUCACUCACCCACUAAGUCUGGAUGGAGGAAGGAUCGCCGCUCUUGUCACCAUCGAAGGGCAGGCACUGUCGGCCACCGUCGACACUGGAGCGACCCGAUCUUUCAUCAGUCAACGGAUGGUCCGGAAAUUAGGGACGGAGGCGAAUCUGCGCGAGGAUUACCCUGGCGGAUAGAUCCAAGAAGGAGAUAACUCAAGCAGUGCUGGCAACGUACUUGAUGACGUCAUCUUGGGUCUCGACUUCCUGUGCGGGAUCAGCGCCAGGAUCCACUGCGGACGUGCCUAUCUACAGCUGAGGGUAAGACGUGACCAUCCAGGUACGACACCACUGGUCCCAUCUGUGCCUCGAUCUCGAACGGUGACCUUCGCCAGUCCACUCACUACCAGCCCAGCAAAGCCGACUACGCCCAUGACUGGACCCAUACCUCACGGACGAGCCUUGCCCAACAACAGGACCAUCAGGAAGACUUCGGCAGAGGCAGUUGCGACACCGCUGGACAACUCCAGGGCCAGCUCGCCGAACCGGGAGUCGCACAAUAACGGAACCACCAGGAAGACUUCGGCAGAGGUAGUUGCGACAAUGCUGGACAACUCCAGGGCAAGCUCGCCGAACCGGGAGUCGCCCAACAACAGGACCAUCAGGAAGACUUCGGCAGAGGCAGUUGCGACACCGCUGGACAACUCCAGGGCCAGCUCGCCGAACCGGGAGUCGCCCAACAACAGGACCAUCAGGAAGACUUCGGCAGAGGCAGUUGCGACACCGCUGGACAACUCCAGGGCCAGCUCGCCGAACCGUAUUAGAAGGGUGCGCUUCCCAAUGGCUUGUUCAGAUCAGCUUUGCUGGGAUAACCGACUACCCUGAAAUACCGGCCGCCUUCUUGUUGAACAGGCGAGUGUUUGUCGGCAUACGGUAGCCGACUAGUGACGUCAUUAAUGACGAAAUGGAAGUCGAUGGACAUGGGAGAAAUAGCUGUGUCUUUCGUAAUGGCACACAAGUCGAAAAUCAACACUAGACUGCAACGUUUACUUUUCACCACCAAUCUAACGAAUAGAAAUGAACUACAGCAGCAUUUGAAGGAACUUUCAUACAACAAGCGAAGCGAUUAUCUUGCUUCAGACCAUUCGAUCGGUCCCGAUAAGAAGAGUUUCAAGGCACACACUCCAAUGAAGUGCCAUUACUGUGGGAAUCCCGGACAUAAAAUGCUGGAAUGCCGUAAGAGGAUGGCAGAACAAUUAAAGUCAAAUCAAUCGUAUGGGAAAACUAUUGGUGGGACGAGACAGGACUCUAGUGACUUUUUUUAAAUGCGGAAACGUCGGUCAUAGGCUCGCCUGGGGGUAAAUACUUUUCCUGCUUAGACAUGGCCAGUAGGUUUUAUCAGAU